AUGUUGGCUAUCACGAAAAGACUAAUGAGCAGCGACGUGCGGUCGCGAAUGCUGUUGAGCAGCCUGAACGGGGAUGUGGCAGGCGCGCUGGCACUGCUGCGUCAGCAGCAGAAGACCAGCGUGGACGUGGAGCUGCUGCACACGAUGCUGGCGCAAGCGGCUGCGCUUGCGCACGUCGAGACCAUAGCGUACAUGUGGUACCAGCAUGUGAUGCCACGCCGAUUGGCAGUCGAGGGCCGCUUGCUCUGCGACAUGGCUGGCGUGGCGUUGCACCAGGACAAGCUGUUCUUGCCCGCGCAGUUCCUACUGCACCACCAGGCGAUGGGCCCUGAUCGUGGUACGAGUCCAGAAAGCGAGGCGGUGGAGUUCGAGCUUAGACGGGUCAAAGUGGAGGCAUUUGCGCGUGGCACAAUGCACUCGACAGCUCUCAGGGAGAAGUGGAAGGUGUUCUUGCAGGAGAUGGACACCUUGCCGGGGCGGCCGCCAUUGAGACUACGGGACUUCCCGCAGCUGGCCAAGGCCGUGGGCGUGGCCGCUGGGCAGCAGCCAGAGCUGACAGGCACCCUGGCACUGUUUGGACGACAACCCGUGGUUGUAAAGAACGAGUGGUCGCUGCCUCUGCUGUUGGCUGGGGUCCUGUGGCAUGUGCCCGGCCCAGCACAGGCGCGACGGGUGCUGGCGGAGUUCGGCCAGUGCUAUCGCGGGCUGCCGCUGGUGGAUGCCGAGCUGGUGAUAAAGAGAAGAGGAUUCGAGAUUAACGUGUGA